AUGGUUGAUGAAAAGAUUCAUUCUAAUAAUACUAAUGAUGAUGAUAAUUGGUCAAUGAAAAAGGAUAAAAAUUUUGUCACAGAAAAUAUAUAUUCGACAGAAUCGUAUAGUCAUCAUACAGGAUCUCAUCAAUUGAAAAAUAAUAGUAAUAUGGAAAUUUAUGAUUUAGAUAGUAUAAAUAAAAUUAAAAAUAACAAUAUUGAUAUUGAUAUUGAUAAUGGUGAUGGAUAUAGUCAUGAUAUCAAUAGCAAUGGUUCAGGUGAUGAUGACGAAGAAGAAGAAAAUAAUUCUAGAACGAAUUUAUUAAUGAAUACAAGAAUUCACAGGAAAUUAGUAAAUAGACAUGUUCAAUUUAUUGCAAUUUCUGGUGUCAUUGGUACUGCAUUAUUUGUAGCCAUUGGGAAACCAAUGUACUAUGGGGGUGCAGGGUUCCUAUUAAUUGCAUUUGCAAUGUGGUGCGUUCCAAUUCUUGCUAUAACGGUCUCGACAGCAGAAAUGGUCUCAUUCUUACCUGUAAGUUCUCCAUUUUUAAGACUCGCUAAGAAAUGUACAGAUGAUUCUUUAGCUAUGAUGGCUAGUUGGAAUUUUUGGUUUUUAGAAUGUGUACAGAUACCAUUUGAAAUUGUUUCUGUUAACACAAUUAUACAUUUCUGGAGAGAUGAUUAUUCACCUGCUAUACCUUUAGUAGUUCAAUCUAUCUUAUAUUUACUCAUAUCUGUUUGCGCCGUUGGAUAUUACGGUGAAUUAGAAUUUUGGUUAUCAUCAUUCAAAAUCAUCUUAGCUUUAGGCUUAUUCAUUUAUACUUUUAUUACAAUGGUGGGUGGUAAUCCCCACCACGACGUUUAUGGAUUUAGAUAUUUCGGUGAUGCUCCUUUUAAAAAAUAUUUCCCAGAUGGUAUAGAUCGUGGCGCUCAUAUAGGUUACUUCCAAGGAUUUUUGGCAUGUUUAAUUCAAGCUUCAUUCACGAUUGCUGGUGGUGAAUAUAUUUCAAUGUUGGCAGGUGAAGUGAAGUUACCUAGAAAAGUGUUACCACAAGCAUUUAAACAAGUCUUUGUUAGAUUGACAGUGAUGUUCAUUGGUAGUUGUUUAUGUGUAGGAAUUGUCUGUUCUGCUAAUGAUGCCUCAUUGACCGCAGCAAUCAAUGAAUCAAGACCAGGCGCUGGGUCGUCUCCUUACGUUAUCUCAAUGCUGAAUUUGGGUAUCAGAAUCUUACCUGAUGUGGUAAAUAUUGCGUUGAUCACAGCUGCAUUUUCUGCAGGUAAUGCAUACACAUACUGUUCCUCAAGAACAUUAUAUGGUAUGGCUUUAGAUGGGUAUGCACCAAAAAUUUUCACAAAAUGUAAUAAACAAGGGGUACCCAUUUAUGCCGUUUGUGUUUCAUUAUGCUGGGCUUUGAUCAGUCUAUUACAGUUGAAUUCGAAUAGUGCUGUUGUAUUAAAUUGGCUUAUUAACAUUAUCACCACUUCUCAAUUGAUAAAUUUCGUCUGUCUAUGUGUCAUUUAUCUAUUCUUUAGAAGAGCUUAUUUGGUCCAAAAGGAUACUUUACCACAAUUACCAUUCAAAUCAUGGUGGCAACCAUGGACAGCCAUCUUUGGUAUGUCAUGUGCAUUGAUCAUGAUCUUUGUACAAGGUUACACUGUGUUUUUCAGUAAAUUAUGGAACGUUCAGGAUUUCCUUUUCAAUUAUCUUAUGAUCUUCAUUGAUUUGGGAAUAUAUUUAGUUUAUAAAUUAUUAUGGUGUCGUGGUAAAGAUAAAUUCAAAGAUCCACAUACCAUUGAUUUCAUGACUGAUUUAAGAGAAAUUGAAGAACAUGAGCUAGAUCAUUCUUUUGAAAAAUUCAAAUUCUACUUAGAUACGUGA